AUGGAGGAGAUUCUCAGCAUUCCAGCAUCAGUGAAUUUUGAUGAAUCCAUAGCUAAUUAUGAGAUUCACAGUCAUCAACCAUAUGCAUCCUCAUCGUUUAACAAUAGUGAUGAAAUUCGCAUUAUUGUACAAAAUCAAGAUUUAUCUAUUUUACCAAGCAAUAGUGUAUUACAUAUUUUUGGAAGGUUGACUAAUGCUGAUGGAACUGAUGCCACACAAAAUAUUCAUUUCACCAACAAUGCAAUAGCCUAUUUGUUUGAUGAAAUUCGUUAUGAAUUGAAUGGUAUUAAGAUUGACCGUUGCAAGUAUGUUGGACAUACAACUACUAUGAAAAGCUUGGUUUCCUUAACACCACCUCAACCUAACCGCGCUGAAAAUGCAGGAGUUUUGAAUGUGGAAUGGAAUACAAGAAUGUCAUUACAAGAUGGAUAUUUUGAUGUAUCAAUACCACUUGGUAUGAUUUUUGGUUUUGCUGAAGAUUAUAAAAAAAUUGAUAUGAAUGCUAAACAUGAACUGAUUUUAAUAAGAGCACGUAGUGAUUUAAAUUCUAUUAUUCAAAUGGGCCAAGGUGCAGAUGAAGAGUUCAAAGUGCAAAUUAAUAAAGUGGAAUGGUUAGUGCCAUAUGUUUUACCAUCUGAUAAUAAUAAAAUCAAAUUAUUGAAAUUUAUCGAGAAAGAUCCACUAAUUUCAAUGAGUUUUAGAUCGUGGGAAAUGUUUGAAUAUCCUUUAAUUCCAUCAAGUACAAGAGUCAUGUGGCAAAUAAAAUCGUCAACACAAUUAGAGAAGCCUCGAUAUGUAAUUGUUGGAUUCCAAACAGGAAGAAAAGAUAAACGUAAAAAGUCUGCCAGUUAUUUUGAUCACUGCGACAUUACAAAUUUUCUCAAACAAACGUCAGUUGAUGUACGUUUGGAAUUUGAAGCUAGAAAUAAUAUACCUGCUGAAACAAUUGCUUAUUGCCUCAUCAUACAUGAUCGCAUUGUACAGUAUAUACCAAUCAGCGGUAUAGUUAAGAAGUUGAUGGAAAUCAUCGUAGACGUUCAAGGCUUCAAGAAACCCUGCAACGAUUUCAUUUUCAAAGAGUUGGAUAUACUUCCUCUUGAAGCUGAUGCUCAAGCUCGAGUUUACCUCUUUGAACCUCCAUGUGUUUGGAAUUCACUACCUGCACGUUAUAAAAGUGAAAAUCUCUGA